AUGAGAAUGAAAAUUCCAGAGGAAACAACAGCCCAGUCUCCGCAUAUAUUCCUUUUGCUUAACCUAGAACCAUCACCAAAAGAGAAAUAUAGGAAGGUUUUCGACAGCAAAGAUGAACUGCUCACUUGGGUACGUGAUAUUGGAAAGGUAAAUGGCUUUGUUAUUGUUAUAAGGACGUCAGACUAUGGUAGCGGUAUCAAGAGACCAAGAAUUUAUCUUGCUUGUGAGCAGAGUGGGAAGUAUAGAUCAUGUAAAAAGUUGCAAGAUGGCUCAAAAGACUUAUUGAGACAAACUGGUACGAAGAAGUGCGAAUGUCCAUUUGAUUUGAAGGCAUACAAGUUGAAAACAAACAAUAAAUGGAUACUGAAUGUAGUUUGUGGAUUGUAUAAUCAUCCAGUUGCGGAGCAUCUCCAAGGACAUUCAUAUGCAGGGAGAUUGUCAGCUAAUGAAAAGUCAUUAUAUCGGCUUCCUCUUCUUGAAACUGUGGGAGUGACAUCAACUCAUAUGACAUUCUCCGUGGCUGUCGCAUACUUGCAAAUUGAGCGGGUUGAUAAUUAUGCAUGGGCGUUACAAACAUUACGUGAUCUUAUGGACAACAGUGUUUUACCUGAAGUCAUUGUCACAGAUAGAGAGCUUGCUUUGAUGAAUGCCAUUGACAACACUUUUCUGAAUGCUCGACAUUUGUUAUGUCGUUGGCAUAUUAAUAAGAAUGUAUUGACGAAAUUAUUGUCAUCGACUGAAGAGGAAUAUAAUGAUCACUUUGCAACACUACAGAAGGAUUUCAGUAACUAUUCGGACGCAAUCAAGGUUGAAAGUGCUCAUGCUAGAUUGAAGAGGCAAUCAGAUUCAAGUCAAACGACAUUUGAGAUUUCAUUUGAAAAAAUGCAUUGUCUACUUGAGUUGCAGCACAUUCAAGUUAAAGCAUCAUUCGAGAAGAGUUUGACAACUCUGCAACAUCAAUUCAAACCUUUUCAAUUUAGAGAGCUCCGGGGUAAUGUGUCUAUUUAUGCAUUGGAAUACGUGUUGGCAAAGAGUAAGAGAGCAAAUUCAGUUGGAAUUGAUGUUGCAGCAUGUGGGUGUGUUCUUAGGCGCACAUAUGGUUUACCUUGUGUUCACGAGAUUGCAGAUUACAUGAGACAAGGCCGUCCUAUUCCACUCAGUAGCAUACAUGUACAUUGGACGUGA